GAAAAACAGUGAGUCGAGUCUCAAGACAUUUGAGCUUAGGAAAAAGAAACCAGAGAUAAAGCUUUGUUCUUUAGAAUUUAGACCAUGGCUUUCACUACUGCUACGUGUCUUGCACCUUUCUUCCCUCCUCCUCCUUCUUUUUCUUCUUCUUCUUCGUUCCCAUCGUUGCGUUCGUUAUGCUUCUUCACAAGUGGCACCACACCCAGAAGCAACCAACGUUUCUCGUUUCCUUCUGCAAACGAAAAGUUCGCAACUUUACCACGUUCAUCCCCUAAUAGGCUCACCACCCGCUUUUCUGAGUACAAAUUCCCCGACCCUAUUCCAGAAUUUGCAGAUGCCGAGACAGAGAAGUUCAGAAAUCACCUUCUGCAGAAGCUUUCAAAGCCUUCAAAGAAAGACACGUAUGGAGAAUCGGUUGAAGAAGUUGUGGGAGUAUGCACCGAGAUUUUUAGCACGUUCUUACAUUCUGAGUAUGGAGGUCCGGGGACUCUCUUGGUCGUUCCAUUCAUUGACAUGGCUGAUGCCGUAAGCGAACGGGGGCUGCCGGGUGGACCACAAGCUGCACGUGCCGCUGUAAAAUGGGCCCAAAGUAAUGUUGACAAAGACUGGAGGGAAUGGAAUGGCGGUGAUAGCAACUAAGAGGGUACCUCUUCAUGUAUGUUAAUCAAUUACUUAGUUCUCUAACAACUGAGUUUGAGAUGCUUAUGUUGUAGGAGCUAAAUAAGCAGUUUUGAUAUUUUAUUUUUCUCCCAGACUCAAGAUGGACCUCAAAAAACAAGACAGCAGAUAGUAUUUGUGGAAUGAUUGUAGGGAAAUUCUAUGCAAGAGGGCAUGAAGCUUUUGAUAUAUCUAUUAGGAAAUAUAUUACUUUUGACCAGGAAAAAAAAUAUCGCUAGAAGAAGGGCUUGAACCUUCGACCUUGUGGUUAACAGCCACACGCUCUAACCAACUGAGCUACUCCAGCUAUAUAUGCAAAAAUAAUAUUUUUUAUUUUUUAAAUUCUAGAUCAGGCAGAGUUAUUCCCAUAGAGAUAGAUAUACUUUGAUCAACUGUACUACUACGCCACCAUGGAAAUAGAAGUGUUUCAAGAUUACUUUG